AGCAGAGUGGGACUGAGUGAGCGGAGACACACCACAGCCACUCUACACAGAGCCAACACAGUAGAAGAGUUCGCAAGGAGACAAUAAGAGACAAAAAUACAGCUUUUAAAGAAAUAUAUAUAUAAAAAAAUUGGGAUAUCAAACAGACAAAGAAAAAGGGAUUUUCCUUGCUUCACUCCCCCAGAGGAAAUUAUUAUAUUUACAACAAAUAUAGACUUUUUUUGUAUUUUUGCAGAAAAAAAAAAAAGGAAGGAAUAAUUAAAAGCCGGACUGGGAUGCCAGACAGAGGUUUUGGAGCAGGUAUGGCCAAGCUGACCGGACCGCCGCCGCCGCCGCUCUGGAUGUGCAGCUUGAUGCUGGCGUGUGCCUUGCUGAUGGGCAGCGCUGGAGCCUGCCCUGCCUUGUGUACCUGCAGCGGCACCACGGUCGACUGCCACGGACUGGGGCUCAGGACCAUGCCGAGGAAUAUCCCACGCAACACUGAGAGACUGGAACUGAAUGGCAAUAAUCUCACACGCAUCACCAAGAGUGACUUUGCUGGGCUGAAAUACAUCAGAGUUCUGCAGCUGAUGGAGAAUCAGAUCGCUGUUAUCGAGCGUGGGGCUUUCGAUGACAUGAAGGAGCUUGAGCGACUGCGGCUGAAUCGUAAUCAACUGCAGCAGCUUCCGGAGUUGCUGUUUCAGAAGAACCCUGGCCUGUCUCGACUAGAUCUCAGCGAGAACUUCAUCCAGUCCAUCCCAAGAAAAUCUUUCAGAGGAGCGACAGACAUCAAGAAUCUUCAGCUGGAUAAAAACCACAUCGGCUGCAUCGAGGACGGCGCCUUCAGAGCUCUGAGAGGCUUGGAAGUGCUAACCCUGAACAACAACAACAUCAGCAGCAUCCCGGUUUCCAGCUUCAACCACAUGCCCAAACUGCGAACCUUCCGUCUCCACUCCAACAAUCUCAACUGUGACUGUCAUCUGGGCUGGUUGGCCCAGUGGCUCCGGCAGAGGCCCACCAUCGGUCUGUUCACCCAGUGCACGGCCCCGCCCGAGCUCAAAGGUCUCAAUGUGGCCGAGGUGCAGAAACACGAGUUCAGCUGCUCGGGUCACCAGGAUUCCUCCAGCCCGCAGCCGUGCAACACGGGCGGGGGCUCCUGUCCCGCCGUGUGUACCUGCAGCAACAACAUUGUGGACUGCAGGGGGAAAAGUCUGACUGACAUCCCCGCCAACCUGCCGGACAGCAUGGCCGAAAUACGUCUGGAGCAGAACGGGAUUAAAGCGGUUCCUCCCGGAGCCUUCUCGCCCUACAAGAAGCUGCGCAGGAUAGACCUGAGCAACAACCAGAUCUCGGAGAUAGCCCCCGACGCCUUCCAAGGCCUGCGCUCCCUCAACUCCCUCGUGCUGUAUGGAAAUAAGAUCACCGACUUGCCCAAGGGUGUCUUUGAUGGCCUCUACGCCCUGCAACUGCUUUUGUUGAACGCCAACAAGAUCCACUGCGUCCGUGCCAACACCUUCCAGGACUUGCAGAACCUCUCGCUGCUGUCGCUGUACGACAACAAGAUCCAAACCCUGGCCAAGGGCACCUUCGCUUCACUGCGAGCCAUACAGACCCUUCACCUGGCCCAGAAUCCAUUCAUCUGCGACUGUAAUUUAAAAUGGCUGGCCGACUACCUGCGCUCCAACCCCAUCGAGACCAGCGGCGCCCGUUGUGCCAGCCCUCGGCGAUUGGCCAACAAACGGAUUGGACAGAUCAAGAGCAAGAAAUUCCGCUGCUCUGCCAAAGAGCAGUACUUCAUCCCAGGUGCCGAGGACGCCCGCCUGAACAACGCCUGUAACAGCGAUCCGGUGUGUCCUCCCAAGUGUCGCUGCGAGUCCAACGUGGUGGACUGUUCCAACCUGAAGCUCACCAAGAUCCCAGAGCACAUCCCAUCAUCCACCACUGAGCUGCGCCUCAACAACAAUGACAUCACCACCCUGGAGGCCACCGGAGCCUUCAAGAGUCUUACCCAGCUCAAGAAAAUUAACCUCAGCAACAACAAAAUCACCGAGAUCGAAGACGGCGCUUUCGAGGGCGCCUCGUCGGUCAACGAGCUUCACCUCACGGCCAAUCAGAUGGACACGGUCCGGAGCGAGAUGUUCCGCGGCCUGGAGGGAUUGCGUAUGCUGAUGCUGAGGAACAACAAGAUCAGCUGCGUCCACAACGACAGCUUCACGGGUCUACACAACGUGCGUCUGCUGUCUCUCUACGACAACCAGCUGACCACCAUCACCCCCGGAGCCUUCGAUACUCUGCAAACUCUCUCCACCCUGAACCUCCUGGCCAACUCCUUCAACUGUGACUGCCGGCUGUCCUGGCUGGGAGACUGGCUGAGGAGCAGGAAGAUUGUUACUGGAAACCCUCGCUGCCAACGCCCUGCUUUCUUGAAGGAGAUCCCCCUGCAGGACGUGGCUCUGCCUGAUUUCCGCUGUGAGGAAGGCCAUGAGGAGUCGAGCUGCGUGCCCAGACCUCAGUGCCCCAGCGAGUGCACUUGCAUGGAGACGGUUGUGCGCUGCAGUAACAAGCACCUCCACACGCUGCCCAAAGGAAUCCCCAGAAAUGUGACUGAACUGUAUCUGGAUGGGAACCAGUUCAGCGUGGUACCAAAGGAACUGUCCUCCUUCAAGUUUCUUCAGCUGGUGGAUCUAAGCAACAACAAGAUCAACUCUUUGACCAACUCUUCGUUUGCCAACAUGAGCCAGCUCACCACCUUAAUCCUGAGCUACAACUCUUUGCGCUGCAUUCCCAAGAUGGCCUUCAGUGGACUGCACUCCCUCCGCCUGCUGUCUCUCCAUGGCAACGAGAUCUCUGAGCUUCCUGAUGGCAUCUUUGGUGAUGUGGCCUCUCUUUCUCACUUAGCCAUCGGCGCCAACCCGCUGUACUGCGACUGCCGCCUGCGCUGGCUGUCGGACUGGGUGAAGACGGGCUACAAAGAGCCGGGCAUCGCCCGCUGUGCUGGUCCUCAGGGCCUGGAGGGCAAGCUGCUGCUGACCACACCCGCCAAGAAGUUUGAAUGCGCAGGUGAGCUGUCAGGCGACGUGUCCCCGAUAACGUACGCUCACACCCUCUCCGUCCUCACAGGUGAGGUGGACACUGCCGUCCUGGCCAAGUGCAACCCUUGUCUGUCCAGCCCGUGUCAGAACCACGGGGUGUGCCGCGGCGACCCGGCGGACAUCUACAGGUGCAGCUGUCCCGCAGGGUUCAAGGGGAAGAACUGCGAGACGGCCCUGAACGCCUGCGUCAGCGACCCCUGCGCCAACGGUGGUACAUGCCGAGUGGAUGAGGAAGAGGAGGGAGCGUACAGCUGCACGUGUCCCCUCGGCUUCGAGGGUCCCACCUGCCAAAGCAACGUGGACGACUGCGAAGACAACGACUGUGAGAACGGCGCCACCUGCAUGGACGGAGUCAACAACUACACCUGUUUUUGUCCUCCAUACUACACAGGUGCGCACCAUCAAUUUCCCAACUUUCGGAGCGUGUUGUUGAGGUGUUGUGUCUGUGCAGGGGAGAUGUGCGAAGAAAUGGAGGACGUGUGCGCCCCGGGAAGAAGUCCAUGCCAACAUCAGUCCACCUGCCUCAUCACCUCCUCGGGGCCCAAGUGUGUCUGCUCUCCUGGUUACGUUGGUGACGACUGCAGUGUGGACUACGACGACUGCCAGGAGCAUCGCUGCCAGAACGGAGCUCAGUGUGUGGACGAGCUGAACGGUUACACCUGUCAGUGUUCCCACGGUUACAAUGGUCAGCUGUGUGAGAUAGCGCCAUCACUGCUGUCCUUGUGCGAGCUGGCCGACUGCCAGAACGGCGCCCCCUGCGUGGAGCGUGGCGGUCGCGCACUCUGCCAGUGUCCUCCUGAGUUUGGUGGUCCUCGCUGCGAGAAGCUGGUCAGCGUCAACUUUGUGGACCGAGACUCCUACUUGCUGCUUUCGGACCUGAAGAACUGGCCUCAGGCCAACAUCACCCUGCAGGUGUCCACAGCCGAGGACAAUGGCAUCCUCCUGUACAACGGCGACAACGACCACAUCGCAGUGGAGCUCUACCAGGGUCACGUGAAGGUCAGCUACGACCCGGGCAGCCAGCCUGGCCACGCCAUCUACAGCACCGAGACCAUCAACGACGGUCAGUUCCACACGGUGGAGCUGGUCACCUUCGACCAGAUGGUCAACCUGUCCAUCGACGGGGGUCUCCCCACCACCAUGGACAGCUUGGGGGCGGAGCAGCCCCUCAACGGCGAGGCUCCACUAUACGUGGGGGGUAGGGGCCCUCUCCAGAACACACCUCCCUCCUCUUCAGGCAUGCCAGUCGGAGUCCACUCCAGCGUCUUCCGCCUCUGGCAGAUCCAGAACAGCUCCAGUUUCCACGGCUGCAUCCAGAACUUGUACAUCAACAACGAGCUGCAGGACUUCACCAAGACCCAAAUGAAGCCCGGCGUGGUUCCGGGCUGCGAGCCCUGCAGGAAGAUCUACUGCGUUCACGGCAUCUGCCAGCCGGACGGGCUGCAGGGCCCCGUGUGCCACUGCCAGCCCGGCUGGACGGGGCCGCAGUGUGACCAACUGGCGAGCAACCCGUGCCAGGGCAGCAAGUGUGUGCACGGACGCUGCAUCCCGCUGGACGCUCAGUCGUACCGCUGCGAGUGUAGCGAGGGUUACCGCGGGGCGCUCUGCAACCAGCAGGGGGAGCUCUUCAAUCCUUGCCGCCGUCUGGCCUGCAAACACGGCCGCUGCCAGAUCUCCGACACGGGAGACGCCUACUGUCACUGCGAGAGUGGUUACACCGGACUACUGUGUGACGCAGAGUCUGCGUGUCGAGGUGAGCCCACGCGCGACUUCUACCAGGUGCAGCGAGGCUACGCCAUCUGCCAGACGACGCGCAUGGUGUCCUGGGUGGACUGCGGCGGCGUGUGCGAGGCGGGCGCCUGCUGCGCCAGCCAGCGGAUGAAACGCCGGAAAUACACCUUCGAGUGCAGCGACGGCACCUCCUUCAGCGAGGAGGUGGAAAAGACCAUCAAGUGCGGCUGCGUGGGCUGUGUGUAGCGCCGCCGCCGCCGGAAGAGAGCUCGGGAAGAAGGGGAAGACGGGAUGGAAUAGAGAGAUUCUACAGAAAAUAUAUCAAACCUCUAUCUAUAUAUGCUUGUAACAUAGGACCUACAAGUAUCACAACACCCUAAAAGGCUCCAGAGAUUUCCAAUUGAGUGAAGAGGCUUCACUCCUGUUCCUUUUUCCCCGGUGUGUGGAGACACAGCGGCCACCUUUUGAGGGCAGCGGAAGGCCGCCUGGCUCGGUGACGGACGAGAGGUAAGGGGGGGGCGAAACAAAGACGGACGCACAUAAAGAGAGCCGGAUGACGUCGGCCAAGGGAGAGAUGGAGGCUUUAAAGUAAAGUCGUUUUUGUUUUUUUUUGUCAACCAUCCACUUUUUUGUUUUAAAGAAGAAGGCACAUAAUCAUAAGGAGUACGGAUGUGGCGACUUUUUACACACACACACACACACACACAUGUACACACACACACACACUUGUAUAACAUUUAUACAGCAAGUCUCCAGCAUGAUUGGCGUACUACCGCCGCCCUCCAGCAGGGGGAGGCCCUCAUUGACGCCUGCAGUAUUAAAACAUGCGAGGAAAGAACAAAAACCUGCCAAUCAACACUUAAAAAAAUCCUCUUUUAUCCUCUUUAGUUCUCAUAUUGUUUUGCUUCUGUUUUAUUUGACUAUGUAACCCAACAAAUACUCCCCCGUUUAUAUAGAAAUGCCUAACAGAUUCUAAUAUAUAUAUAUAUAUUUGUAUUUCAGUUUUUUGGUAUAGUAUUUUUCUAUGUUAAUGAGUAAGUGUGUUUCUGGAAGGCGUUUUAUUUGCUUUGUUCGACCUUUUAAUGGGUAGAGAUAGGCCACACACACACACACACACACACACACACACACACACUUGUAUUUCGUACCUUUUUGAGACCUCCGAAAAACGCCUACCUCUUUAGGUCCACCCUUUCUAGAUAUAUAAAGAUUUGUAAUCCCAACAUUAAUAAUAUAUACAAACUUUACAAAUAUAACAAAUAUUGUGAAAAAUGAGUUGAAAUCUCACAAGAAAAAUUUACAAUUUUGGCAGUGUUAUAAUAAAUGUCGUAAUUUUACUUGCAGGUCCGAAUUUUACAAGAAAAACUGAACAUUUGUGCAAUGUUAUGAUAAAAGUUGGCAUUUUACCCGAUAAUCGUCGCAAUUUUACAAGAAAAGCUUAACAUUUGGGCAAUUUUAUGAAAAAAGUCGUAACUUUACUUGACAAAAGUCACAAUUUUUAUAGAAAACGUAAACAUUUUUGCAAUAUUAUAAUAAUGAUCGGAAUUUAACGUGGCAAAAUUAUGAAAAAAGUUAUAAUUUUACUGCAGAAGCUAACUGUUAAUGGCCACUAUAGUCUUAGUAUCGUAGAUGUCGUAAAAUCAGCUGUUCACCUGGCAGGUUUUUCCGGGGAUGAAUAGGGAAGUUUUUCUUCAGCUGCCGUCUUAUUUUAUCACAUAUUGCUGCCGUUGCACAGGUCAAUAUUUACUUUUGUAUGCACAUUAAAUUAACCAACAAUCCUGACUUUGGAGCAAUAUUCACGGAUUCUAGCAUUUGGCUCUCUGAUUGAUGCAAUGGUUUUCCGUAUUGGGACCAUGAUUUUGGUCUUAACUUGUUCAGCGGUCCUAAUAUGGAAGCUACUUUUCCUUGUUGAUGUUUCAAGAAGUGUACAAAUACAACAAGACACACACACACACUCUUGUAUUUCGUACCUUCUUGAGACCUCCGAAAAACGCCUACCUCUUUAGGUCCACCCUUUCUAGAUAUAUAAAGAUUUGUAUUUACAACAUUAAUAAUAUAAACAAACUUUGCAAAUAUAAGAAACAUUGUUGUGAAAAAUUAGUUGGAAUUUUACAAGAAAAACGUAGAAUUUUGGGAGUGUUAUAAUAAAUGUCGUCAUUUUACUCAACUUAAGACUGAAUUUUACAAGAUAAACUGAACAUUUGUGCAAAGUUAUGAUAAAAGUUGGCAUUUUACUCGAUAACUGUCGCAAUCCUACAAGAAAAGCUUAACAUUUUGGCAAUUUAAUGAAAAGAGUUGUAAAUUUACUCAACAAAAGUCACCAUUUUACAAGAAAACGUAAACAUUUUGGCAAUAUUAUAAUAAUAAUCGGGAUUUCACUUGGCAAAAUUACGAAAAAAUUUAUAAUUUUACUGUAGAAGCUAACUGUUAAUGGCCACUAUAGUCUUAGUAUCAAAGUGUAUUUGUUCAUCCUAUGGUCAAAUAUGGAUGUCGUAAAAUCAGCUGUUCACCUGGCAGGUUUUUCCGGGGAUGAAAAGGGAAGUUUUUCUUCAGCUGCCGUCUUAUUUUAUCACAUAUUGCUGCCGUUGCACAGGUCAAUAUUUACUUUUGUAUGCACAUUAAAUUAACCAACAAUCCUGACUUUGGAGCAAUGUUCACGGAUUCUAGCAUUUGGCUCUCCAUUAGAUGCAAUGGUUUUCCGUAUUGGGACCAUGAUUUUGGUCCUAACUUGUUCAGCGGUCCUCAUAUGGAAGCUACUUUUCCUUGUUGAUGUCUCAAGAAAGGUACAAAUACAACAAGACACACACACACACACACACACACACACACACACUUGUAUUUCGUACCUUCUUGAGACCUCCGAAAAACGCCUACCUCUUUAGGUCCACCCUUUCUAGGUAUGUAAAGAUUUGUAUUUACAACAUUAAUAAUAUAAACAAACUUUGCAAAUAUAAGAAACAUUGUUGUGAAAAAUUAGUUGGAAUUUUACAAGAAAAACGUAGAAUUUUGGCAGUGUUAUAAUAAAUGUCGUCAUUUUACUCAACUUAAGACUGAAUUUUACAAGAUAAACUGAACAUUUGUGCAAAGUUAUGAUAAAAGUUGGCAUUUUACUCGAUAACUGUCGCAAUCCUACAAGAAAAGCUUAACAUUUUGGCAAUUUAAUGAAAAGAGUCGUAACUUUACUCGACAAAAGUCACAAUUUUACAAGAAAACGUAAACAUUUUUGCAAUAUUAUAAUAAUAUUCGGAAUUUCACUUGGCAAAAUUACGAAAAAAUUUAUAAUUUUACUGUAGAAGCUAACUGUUAAUGGCCACUAUAGUCUUAGUAUCAAAGUGUAUUUGUUCAUCCUAUGGUCAAAUAUGGAUGUCGUAAAAUCAGCUGUUCACCUGGCAGGUUUUUCCGGGGAUAGAUAGGGAAGUUUUUCUUCAGCUGCCGUCUUAUUUUAUCACAUAUUGCUGCCGUUGCACAGGUCAAUAUUUAGUUUUAUAUGCACAUUAAAUUAACCAACAAUCCUGACUUUGGAGCAAUGUUCACGGAUUCUAGCAUUUGGCUCUCUGAUUGAUGCAAUGGUUUUCCGUAUUGGGACCAUGAUUUUGGUCCUAACUUGUUCAGCGGUCCUCAUAUGGAAGCUACUUUUCCUUGUUGAUGUCUCAAGAAGGGUGGAAAUACAAGAACACACACACACACUCUUGUAUUUCUGACCUUUUUGCGAUCGCCGAAAAAUGCCUACCUCUUUAGGAUCACCCUUUCUAGAUAUAUAUAUAUAUAUAUACUCGUAUUUACAACAUUAAUAAUAUAUAAAUACUAGGCAAAUACAAAAAAUUUUGUUGUGAAAAAUAGUUGGAAUUCCUCAAGAAAAAGGUCACAAUUUCACAAGAAAAACUAUUUUUUAGUACUUUAUUUAGUCUUAAAAUAAAAGUCCUAAUUUUACUCAACGCAAGUCAAAAUUUUACCAGAAAAACUGAACAUUUGUGCAGUAGUAUAAUAAAAAUUGGAAUUUUAUUCCAAAGCUGAAAUGUUUGGCAAUUUCAUGAAAGGAGUUGUAAUUUUACUCGACAAUAAUCACAAUUUUACAAGAAAACUUACACAAUUUGGCAAUAUUAUAAUAACAAUCGGAAUUUUACUUGGCAAAAUUAUGACAAAAGUCAAAAUUUCCUUAUUUUACAAAAACAACAAAAGAUUUGGCAAUAUUGUGAUAAAAGUCAGAAUUUUAUAUGACAAAUGCAAAUAAGACAUUCUCUAUUAGAUGCAAUGGUUUUGCGUAUUUGGACCAUGAUUUAUGUCCUAACUUGUUCACCGGUCCUCAUAUGGAAGCUACUUUUCCUUGUUGAUGUCUCUAGAGGGGUAGAAAUACAAGAACACACACACACACACACACACACACACACACACACACACACACACACACACAUAUUCUUGUACCUUCUUGAGACCUCCGAAAAAUGCCUAACUCUUUAGGACCACCCUUAUUAGAUAUAUAAAUACUUGUAUUUCCAACAUGAAUAAUAUAUACAUACCAUGCAAAUAUAAAAAAGCUUGUUGUGAAAAAUGAUUUGGAAUUCAGUAUUAUAAUAAAAGUCCUAAUUUUACUCAACGCAAGUCAAAAUCUUACAAGAAAAACUUAAGAUUUCUGCAUUAUUAUGAUAAAAGUUGGAAUUUUACUCAAUAACAGUCACAAGUUUACAAGAAAAGCUUAAACUUUUGGCAGUUGUAUGAAAAGGGCUGUAAUUUUAGUCACAAUUUUAUAAGAACACUUUACCAUUUUUGGUAAGAGAAGCGGUAGAAAAUGGAUGGAUAAUCAUAGGACUUUUACUUGGCAAAAUUAUAAGUCAUAAUUUUACUCCAAAAAAUUCACUAUUUUACAAGAACAACAAAACAAUUGGCAAUAUUGUGAUAAAAGACGGACUUUUAUAUGACAAAUGCCAACAUUUUGCAUUAAAAAGUAAUAAUUUGACAUUCAAAUAAAGGUAAUAAUUUUACGAGAAAAUAUUUCAAUAUUACAGAAAGAAUAUGAGAAAUUGUUCCCAAUUUUAUAAGGAAAAAAGUCGAUACUGUGAGGAAAAGAAAAAUACAUUUUUAUUUGUUUUACUUCAAGUUUAUACGGUAUGUCUCUAUAUACACAUCUAGUUACAUUUUUUUAAAUAAAUUUCGGCAAAAGGGGGUGCAAUUAAAAAUUUUACACACACUUGUUAUUUCAUAUGUUGGCCAGAGGGGGAGUGCUUCAAAUUUUUACACACACUUGUUAUUUCAAAUGUUGGCCAAAGGUGGAUGCUUCAAAAGUUUACACACACUUGUUAUUUCGUAUGUUGGCCAGAGGGGGAGUGCUUCAAAUUUUUACACACACUUGUUAUUUCAUAUGUUGGCCAAAGGUGGAGUGCUUCAAAAUUUUACACACACUAAUUUCAUAUUUUUGCCAGAGGGAGAGUGCUUCAAAUUUUAACACACUUGUUAUUUCAAAUGUUGAACAGAGGGAGAGUGCUUAAAAUUUUUACACACACUUGUUUUUUCAUAUGUUGGUCAGAGGGGGAGUGCUUCAAAUUUUUACGCACACUUAUUAUUUCAUAUUUUGGCCAGAGGGAGAGUGCUUCAAAUUUUUACACACACUUUUUAUUUCAAAUAUUGACCAGAGGGGGGUGCUUCAACAUUUUACACACACUUGUUAUUCCAUAUGUUAGCCCGAGGGGGAGUGCUUCAAAAUUUUACACACACUUGUUAUUUCAUAUGUUGGCCAGAGGGGGAGUGCUUCAAAUUUUUACGCACACUUAUUAUUUCAUAUUUUGGCCAGAGGGAGAGUGCUUCAAAUUUUUACACACACUUGGUUUUUCAAAUAUUGACUAGAGGGGGGUGUUUCAAAAUGUUACACACACUUGUUAUUUCAUAUUUUGGCCAGAGGAGGGUGCUUCAAAAUUUUACACACACUUGUUAUUUCAUAUGUUGGCCAGAGGGGGAGUGCUUCAAAUUUUAACACACACUUGUUAUUUCAAAUGUUGACCAGAGGGGGGUGCUUCAAAUUUUUCACACACUUGUUAUUCCAUAUGUUGGCCAGAGGGGGAGUGCUUCAAAUUUUUACGCACACUUAUUAUUUCAUUUUUUGGCCAGAGGGAGAGUGCUUCAAAUUUUUACACACACUUGUUAUUUCAUAUGUUGGCCAGAGGGAGAGUGCUUCAAAUUUUUACACAAAUUUGCUAUUUCAAAUAUUGACCAGAGGGGGGUGCUUCAAAAUUUUACACACACUUGUUAUUUCAUAUGUUGACCAGAGAGGGGUGCUUCAAAAUUUUACACACACUUGUUAUUUCAUAUGUUGGCCAGAGGGGGAGUGCUUCAAAUUUUUACACACACUUGUUAUUUCAUAUGUUAGCCCGAGGGGGAGUGCUUCAAAUUUUUACACACACUUGUUAUUUCAUAUGUUGGCCAAAGGUGGAGUGCUUCAAAAUUUUACACACACUUAUUUCAUAUUUUGGCCAGAGGGAAGAGUGCUUCAAAUUUUAACACACACUUGUUAUUUCAAAUGUUGACCAGAGGGGGGAGCACUUUUAAUACCGACACACAGUCAAUUUAAAACAUUGACCAUCCUCAUUUUGAUAGAUUUCACCACUAGGGGUGCAAAUGAGACAUUCUCUAUUAGAUGCAAUGGUUUUCCGUAUCAGAACCAUGAUUUCGGUCUUAACUUGUUCACCACUCCUCAUAUGGAAGCUACUUUUCCUUGAUGUCUCAAGAAGGGCAGAAAUACAAGAACACACACACACACACACACACACACAUGUUGUAUAGGAGCCACUGGUGGUCUUGCUCUAGAAAUAUGUUUAAUAUUGUAUAUGUUGUCUUCCAUGUGAAUAUUACAUGCAAUUCAUGAGCACCUCUGCUUGGUUUUAUUUAUUUUUGGGGGAUUUUCCGUGCUUUUUCUUGAUUUUUUUUUUUCCGAAACUUCCAAGAAAAAAAUAAAAAAAAAAGGGUAAAAGUUUGACUUAAAAAAUGGAAUAAAGCGAUGAGUCACCACUGAAUAUUUCUGUAUGUUUCGCUGAGGUGCUUGUAAACCUGCAUCAUAAGCUGUUGUCAUAAUAAUAAUAAUAAUAAGCUUCCUGUGAGUUGUGUUCAUGCGUUCGACAAAACAACACAACUGAGGUUAGACACACAAAAGAAGAUUAGUUGAGGUGCCGAGGAGCACUUAGCUGAAUGUAUAAAUGUACAGAUAUGAAAAAUGCUUACUCAUCAAGUGGUAGCCGUCAUUUAGUUUUCCUGCUAAGAAAAUAGAAAUUCAUCACAUUCUGUUUGUCUCGGGUCCGGCUUCAAUGUGAACCAUCCUGGCGAUCAUGUGACCCCCAAACGGACGCUCACUGGCGUUCUUUUAGGCGCUGCGCCUCAUAACUAAAAAAAAAAAAAAAGGGUGCACAUUUAUGUGGAAUGUGACUUUUUUUUCUUUUCUUUUUUGUUGUUGUUGACAUUUUUUUUUUUGGUUUUAGCAGACAAGUGCAACGUCCAACUUCCUGGUAGACAUUUUUUAGUGGUGCUUUUGUGCUAUGUUGACCCGACCCAUCCUAAGAAGUAGAAUAUACAUAAAUAUGUUGAUGUAAAAGACACCAUGUUGUACAAAGAUUUUAUUCCUGCUUCUCCGUCACGGGACUGGGUGGAGCUGGGAGAGUCGCAAUGAUGCUGAAUGUAUGUGGUGCCACCGACAAAAUGUUUACCAAACCUCCACUCUUUUCAAGAAUUAAACUUAAAUGUGUGUGCUUUUA